AUGGAUGCUGCGCGGUUACGAAGUUUUAUGGGUAUCUUCAGGACUAAAUUGAAGCAGACAUCACUAUUGUGGCUCGAGGGUUUCAGAGAGGCUUGCUGCCUUCAUCGCGUCAUAAUCUAUUGUCUCAGGUCGAGAGAGCUUGCCAUACGUACUGGGCAGUGUUUUCUUUUGAAUGGCUUCAUCUUUCUGGGAAGUAUACUUGUUCUUAGAUCGUUUGUCAUCCCAACACUGCAAUGGGUGCUGCCUGAUGAAUGCCCGCUUAUAAAUUCUCAAGAGUCAUGUCCAUUUGGGGUCUCUGUUUUAUCUUUGAUUAGGUAUAACGACAUUGCAAAGUAUGGUUUUUUCGCAAUCGAGAAGCAUGGCCCUUCUGGUUUAGAAUCAUCUGGCCAAAAGGAUACUACUGCGAAUGAUAAGGCUACUGAUAUUGAGGGUGUAAUGAUUGGGAUAGCAGAACAAGUGUAUUCAGUUCUCCUUUUGAGUUUCUUCUUCCUGGAGGUUUACAUAACCGGGUUCAUCCCCCACAUUGGCAAGGCAUUAAACUUUUUGCUCCUUUCCUGGAUGUAUGCUUAUUAUUGCUUUGAGUACAAAUGGAAUUAUUCAGGUUUGAGUUUGGACAAAAGAUUGGAUUUCUUCGAGUCAAACUGGCCAUUUUUUGCGGGGUUUGGAAGCCCAUGUGUUCUGGCCGUGUUCUUUUACUCUCCCCUAGUCAGCUACGGGGUUAUGGCUGUGCUGUAUCCAUUAUUUGUCCUGACUGCUACAGGCUCAGAAGCAGACAAAGUGAUUGCUUCUCAAAGAAAGAAAUGGAGAGGUGCUAGCUUGGGGAGGAUUCCCAUUUUCUUUACUGCCGAUUAUUUAUCGAUGAAAGUGUUGUCUUUUUUCCCCAACAAACCUCACCAGCAAGUGCACGAAAAGAGAUCCCUUUGA